UGAAUAAAAAAGUGUGUAAAUUUCUUAAGAUUAUUUUAUAUGGCCAGAAUUUGCACAUGUACAUAUUAACAAAUCUGCUAUUAAUAGAUAGCAGAUAUUUAAAAUCAAAGAGGGAUGGGUUGAAUAACCAGGCGACAAAUUUUCCUAAACUGGCUAAUUUCUCCUAUUUAAUAGGAACAAUCUUAGAAAUAGACAGAGCACUGCAAUCUUAAAAUCAUCUCUGGUUAAAUAUAAGCCCUUCUGACUUGAUCAAAUGGUCAGAUUAUGCUAGGCUUGUUUAUUGGACAUUUGAGCAUUGAAACACAUGAGCCUAUUUGUAGAAUGUGAGGUAAAGAUACUCAAAUAUUAUUUCAUUCUCCUUGCCAAAAGAUCAGCAAAAUAGUAUACUUCAACACAGUUAAGCUGUUGUUUCUUCAAUAUUGUUUUGGUCAUUUCGCCUUCUUCAGUGUGUCUGUCUUGCGCCAGAUAGAUCAACUCAGUGAGAAUAGGCAGAUCAGAAUGAUCCAUAACAACCAAAUUUGUUCAUCACCUUGUAGACUACACAAAGAAAUCUCACAAUGAUUAUUUUUUAUUAAAAAAGAAAGUACAUAGAAAAAUAAGAAGUGAAAGUUUAAAAACAAAGACUAACACGUGUCUUUUUAUCACAUGUAAAGGAAUUUUUUUUAAAAUUUUUACUGUUAUCAAAAACAUUAAUUUUUUCCUUUUUUUCUUGGAAGCAUUUUGAUAAGUUUUGUGAUAAGAAAAACAAUUUAAGCACUUCUUUAACCCCAAAUAAUAAAAUGAUCCAUUAAUGUUUAUAUACAACGAAUCGUCAAACACAGUAAACGAUUGUACUACAUUAAACUGAAAAUGUUCACCAUUGGAGAAUGAUAAGCAAACGAACAAUAUUGUGAAUACCAGAGGGUAUAUAUCAUCAAGUCAUCUAUGAAAGAACGAGUGGACGAAGAAGACGGAUUAUAUUUGAAAAAAGGAAUUAACUAAAAGUUCCCUUGAAAACAGGAGAAAAAAAUAGGCUGAUUUUUCUAUAUACGUUUGAAAAAUAACAAGAAAAAGAUAUAAAGAAGAAUCGAAUAAUCGCAGAGAUCCGAGGUUUCAUAAUCUUUGGGCUUUGAUAAAUCUGGAAAUAUGUUUCGGAUGUUCUCUUUUGAAGCACCAAAAGGGAGGUCAUUGAGUGAGAUAUGGCAGGACAACGCAAAAAAUAUAAGGAACCUCAUUUCAUUUUGGCUGUUUGGACUCGCCAACAACUUUGGUUAUGUUAUUAUGCUGAGUGCGGCCUUUGAUAUAUUGAGAAACAUAGAAAAUAAACAUGAAGAGAACAAGGACUUUAAGAGGCUGUGCAAUGAAAUGAGUACAGGAGUUAUUCUUCUGGCGAGCAUAAUACCAUCAUUUUGUGUCAAAAUUGUCGUGCCAUUUCUACCAUUGUGGAUACACGCUAGAAUGAUUAUUGUUGUAACAACUUACACAGCAGGGCUUUUACUCGUUGCUCAAGGUUCGUACCACGUACUCAUAAUAACAGGCGUCUGUUUUGUUUCAUUCGCUGCUGGUCUUGGUGAAAGUAGUUUGAUCGCUUACACUGUCUUUUUUAACACAAGAAAUGUGCUAUCGACAUGGGCGUCUGGGACUGGCGCCGCUGGACUCUUUGGAUCGUUCUCUUAUUCUUUGAUGAUUCAGCUCGGGCUGACACCAAACCUGGCUAUCAUGAGUAUGCUCGUUAUGCCAUUGCUGAUGGCUGUUUGUUUCUGGUUCAUUCUCAACCGGCCUUCACUCGAAAGAUUUCAAAGAAAGUUAAAAUUCCUCAAUGAAAAAGGUACAUUGAUUAAUUUGAGUAAAGUGGAACUUCAAGCGUAUGAAACAUUUACUUUUAGGGAUAAAUUGAAUCUUGUGCCACAUUUGCUUAUCCGUUUCACUCUGUUUUAUGGUCUUGUAUAUUUGUUUGAAUAUUUUAUCAACCAAGGGCUGUUUGAGUUGCUGCAAUUUCCAAAAACAUUUUUAACUAUUCCCCAGCAGUACAGGUGGUAUAACUUCAUGUACCAAUUGGGGGUGUUCAUUUCAAGAUCUUCAAUGAACAUUGUCAACAUUGAUUACAUAUGGCUUUUGGCGCUUUUACAAGCUUGUAACGUUUUUAUAUUUAUGUUUGAAGUUACGUUAGGUAUUUUUAAGUAUCUAGAAAUUAUUUUAGCCUUAAUCAUAUGGGAAGGUCUCUUAGGAGGUGCUGCAUAUGUAAAUACAUUCAGGUUAAUAGCAGUUGAGAUGCCUGACUAUCAAAGGGAAUUUGCCUUAUCUUUAAAUGCCAUCGGUGACUCUGUCAUGAUAACGUUGGCCGGUAUUAUAGCUAUACCGGUUCACAAUGCAAUUUGCUAUAUGGAAUCGCCAUAUGGUCCCUUGAACUUCACUGUACAAGCCUGAAUGUAUGAAUGAACUUGUAACAAGUUUGAUAAACAUGCUGUUAUUUUCUUGUGUAAUAAUUAUUUGGUAUUGGUGAUGUUAAACAGUUUUUCCUUUUAUAAUUAAGUG